GGUGCAUUUCCCCCAUUAUACAUAUUACAUUGUUGUGUAGUCACAGCUUUUGAUUAAAUCGUAUUUUUCUACUCUACGUGAUUGAACUAAGUUGCAUUCUGUUUGUUUGCGUUAUUAAUUACAGGAUUUCCUUUUUGUUGCAAACUUUUGUUGUUUAAUUCAAACUGGUGAUUUCUUAAGUUGAUUAGAAUUACAAUAUGCGUAUUACAGUUACCACACUGUCUGAUGACAUAUUCAACUUGGAUGUGUCUGAGGACUUGGAAUUGGAAAAUUUUAAAGCAUUUUGUGAAGUUGAGUCUGGUAUUCCAGCAGCAGAAAUAAGUUUAGUUUAUAAUGGACAAGUUAUGAGUGAUGGAUCAAAGAGUUUGAAGAAUCACGGUUUAAAAGAAGGGGAUGUUGUUGUCAUACAGAGGCAAAGAAUUACCACCAAUCAGCCCCAAGAUCCUUCUCUGAACUUGGACUUCAGUGCUAUUCAGGUGCCGUCAUCUUCCAGGGGAAAUAGAAACACUAAUCGGGGCAAUGAAAACGACCCAGUUUUCAUAAGAGACAUGUUUCUAGCUAAUCCUGACCAACUUGCCCAGCUCAAGCAGAAUAACCCUCGUCUUGCUGAUGCACUGCUAUCAGGAGAUUUAGCUCGUUUUACUGCGGUCUUACGUGAACAAGAAGCUGCCAGAGCAGAACGAGAGAGACUUCGAAGCCUAAUGUCUCGUGCUGAUCCUUUUGACGCCGAAGCUCAACGACUAAUUGCCGAUGAAAUUCGUCAGAAAAAUAUUGAAGCAAAUAUGGAAGCAGCUAUCGAAUACCACCCAGAAUCAUUUGGCACCGUUGUUAUGCUCUAUAUAAAUUGCAUAGUAAAUGGACAUCCCGUCAAGGCUUUCAUAGACUCUGGAGCUCAAACUACAAUUAUGUCUUCAGCUUGCGCAUUAAAAUGCGAUAUCCAUCGCUUAGUUGACAGUCGUUGGGCUGGUAUUGCUAAAGGUGUCGGAAUUCAGCGUAUUGUUGGACGCAUUCAUAUGGUCCAGAUCCAAAUAGGAGAUGACUUUUUACCCACUUCGUUUUCAAUUUUGGAAGAACAACCGAUGGACAUGCUGCUGGGAUUAGACAUGCUUAAACGCCAUCAAUGCUUGAUUGAUUUGAAACGCAACCUCUUGGUCAUCGGAACUACCGGAACCGAAACACCGUUUUUAUGCGAAAAUGAGCUUCCUGACUGUGCCCGAUUAUCUGGCCCACGUUCUGAAACCGAAUCUUCUUCUGCGGUUGAAAUGGAAGAUCAUGAACUCGCCAAGGCCCUUCAAGAGUCGGCAUUACCUGAUCCCAGCACUCAACCUCAGGCCGACAAAUUCACUGAAAAACAAAUUCAAGAUUUGGUAUCUAUGGGAUUUGUCCGUGAACAGGUGAUUGAAGAGUUGAGACGAUUUAACGGCGACGUUACUCAAGCUACUGCUGCACUUUUUGCUAAGUCUUUAAAAUUUUAAUUUAUUGGUCGUCAUGUAUUUCCAAAUUUUUUCUUUCGAUAAGAUACAACAUAUCGGGAUUUUCACAAUAAUUUUAAAAUUGUUCUUUUGCAAUUCACGUGUACAAAAAAAUUAUAAAUUGUGGUAUUAUUGAGAAACAUUUAGUAGUCUGCCGCAGAGUAAGACAAGUAAUCUUUACGGCCAACGGCAGAAACUUGUUUGUUGCUUUCCGCUUCUAACUUUGGACACUGCGUAAUACGAUGACCAAGACCGCCACAGUAACUGCAACCUUUGUCCCCUGUAAAUUUUGAAAUCAACGUUGUAAAUUUUUCAUUUAAAGAAAACAUUAUUAAAUUACCUCCGAGAUCUUGGAAAACUUCCGUCUCUGAUUGCAGUGUGGCCAAAAAGGGAGGGACAUCUUGCUUUGCUUCGAUAAGCAAAUGUUUGAGGUCAAGUAAGACGGACUCUUCGUUCGAUUUGUUAAUAAACGUUGUUGCUUGCCCCUUAUUUCCUGAUCGGCCAGUACGUCCGAUUCGAUGCACUGAAAGUAAGCCAGAUUUUAAAGUGUGGAUUUUUUUAUGAUCAUUAUUUCUUUAGUACCGUAAUUUUCGAUGUCAUCCGGCAUGUCAUAAUUUAUGACAUGUUGAAUGUUGACAAAAUCCAGUCCUUUUGAGGCUACAUCGGUGGCCACUAACACAUCCUUAAUUCCUUGUCUGAAGGCAUCAACAGCACGAGAACGCUCCUCCUGGUCUAAAAAUGUUAAUAAGUUAAAUCAUGAACUAAAAAUUGUGAUAGUUUGCAGUACCUUUGCUUCCGUGAAUGGCUACAGCCUCAAUACCCUUCAACAACAAAUACUCGUGUAUGGCAUCCACAUCUUGCUUCUUUUCAGCGAAAAUGAGCACAGGUGGUUGUGUUUUCUGAAUGCAUUCCAACAGGUGGACAAUUUUGGCUUCUUGGUUGACAUACUCUACUUCCUAAGAGAUCGAGCAUAAGUUUUCAUUCAAAAAUGGUGAAAUUUGAUUAUACUGACUUGAACGACAUUCAUGCUAGCUGCACCUGCACGCCCAACGUUAAUUGUUAUGGGUUUAACUAAGGCGGAACGAGCAAAAUUCUGAAUUUUCUUUGGCAUUGUAGCACUGAACAACAAAGUUUGUCGUUGUCCCUAUUGAAAAGGAUUUAAGGUUUACUAAAAACCAAGAUUUUUCGUUUUAAUGAAAUUCUCUCACCUUGAAAUAAGAAAAGAUAGUACGGAUGUCUUCCUCAAAUCCCAUGUCAAUCAUACGAUCAGCUUCGUCCAUACACAGAUAUCGGCAAACAUCCAGUUUAAUCAUCUUUUUAUCAAGCAUGUCCAUUAAGCGACCAGGAGUAGCUACUAUGAUGUGAACCCCUCUAAAGUUGACAAUAAUUUAUUACGAGAUACAGAAUUAGAGGUAAAUUCAACAAACCUGUUUAUGAUUUCCAACGACUGAUUAACUGGAGUUCCACCAAUUAUCAGACAGGACUUUAUUCUGGGCAUCCCUUGCUGAGCUAAACAAUCGGCAAAAUGCUCUACUGUUUCGAGAAUCUGUUUCGCCAACUCACGUGAUGGGCACACAAUUAAGCCUAACGUUUUAAAUUAAUAUUACAUUCAAUUCAAGGCAAAAACUUAAAAUAAGAGCAAAAAACUUACCAAAUGGACCUUCAUUCGGUAAAAAUGGCAUCUUAAGCUCUUGCUCUAAACUAAAUACAACAAUUGGCAAGACAAACACCAAAGUCUUACCACUACCAGUAAAGGCUAUGCCAAUCAUGUCUCGACCACUUAACCUAAAACGUUUCAAAGUAAAUAAGGUGAUGGCUGCUUGAUUCCUUUUUUCUGUAAACCAACCAAAAUUCCUUUGGGAAAUUUCAUGGCAUUAAAUGAUGGUAUAGGAAGUGGUACAUCCUCCCCUUCAACAGUAAUGCAUAAUUUCCCUCUUAGUAUAUCAGGAUAGUCUCGUGGCAUGUUCAGUACACAUCUUGGUGGUGUCCAGCUAGUAAAAAAAAUAUUUAAAUUAAAGCACAUUUGAAUAUUAAUGCAUUAACAAAAAUUAGUCUUACCUAGUUUUUAUAGGAUCUUCAUAUUGAAUACCUCUAGCCAAUUCAGCAACACCCAUCAAGGCAGUUUUUUCUGCAAUACUCUCAAGAAUUUUCUCUUCUUCUUUCAACUGCUUCUCAAAGGCACUCUCCUUUUUAGCUGAAGAACAUAAAAAUAUUAAUAUUAGUUAAUUAACAAGUACCAUUAUAUUUACCUUGAGCAACUUUUUUUAGUUCUGUGUGUUGACUGAGUAAACUUAUAUUAGAUUUCCUCGCAACAGUUUGGAGGUCCUCUUCCUCUUCUUCAUUGCCUUCAUUUUCGCUUGAGGAUUUGGUUUUGAGAUCAGCAUCAGCUUUCACCUUACAUGCAAAAAAUAGUCAUUAAGGAUAUUUUAUGAUUCAAAAUCUUUUUUACCUGUGAAAUUCUUCCUAAUUUCGUCAACUUUUGUUUUUUUCUUUCUUUGACUGGAACGUAAGGAACGUAAUCAUCGUCUUCUGGUGGGCUUUCGUCUUUAGUCUCUUCCUCUUUUAAGUACCUCUGAUCAUUAAGUUGUAAAAUGGUUUUUUAACACCUGAUUCUUGUAUUUUUACGUAUUUUUUGUAUUUUUUGUAUUCUUUAUUUUUCUUAUUUUUUUUACCUUUAAAUUUCGUUUUGAAGAUUCAGAUUCCAUUCCUGAUUUUAUUCUAUUUAGUGUUUCACUCAAAAUCUCAGAUACGUACAAAUACGAAAGUUGUUAUUGUGGUGUAGACGACGAUGCCACUCCUCAGAUAUUAAAUAUUUUGUGUUAAAAGUCUCUUUAAAAAUAUAUUUGCAAAAGAAAUUUUAAGAAAUUUUAGAUUUCGAAAUAUUGGUAUGAAAAAAAAAGAAAUUAGAAAUUUAAGUAAAAAUUAUUCUUAAUAAACGACCGCUUCACACACCGUUGCAUUAUUGUUGAACUGUACGUCAGAAACUCAUUUCCUAGGAUGGCGUCUUCUAAUAAUAAAUUUUCACGGGGUUUGUUUGUUUCGUUAUACUAUAUUUUAUUAUAUUAUGCGUUACAAUUUAAGUUUUAGUUUAUUCAAAUCAUUAAGUAUAUUUUAAAUAUAAUAUCGUGAAUAUAUGAUUUGGUUAAAUGGUCUUAUCUCACGUUCGACAGUGUUUCUCCAUUGAUUUAGAUUCAAAAGCUGUGGAGAUUAAAGGAACUCGUUCCUUAAAACGUGCUGUCGAGCACGAUUCAUCAAGUGAUGAAGAAGACGGUAAAGAUGCAUUUAAAAAAUUAAAGCACGGUGUUGAUGUGAAAACUACAACAUCACAUAGUAAAGGGCUUACCAUAAAACUGAAACAACCUGCUCCU